AUGGAAGAAGAAGAAGCAGAAGAGUUUAAGAGCUUCUUGAUCCGAUUCGAAUGCAAGGAACACGAGAUCCCAGAGGCCGGAAUUAAAGACGACCAGAUCGGGAGCAGGAUUCAGAAUCUCCGAGUGAUUGUAGAUCAAAGGUUUGUAGAAUUUCUCAAAGCGGGCCUCGAGGUUCUGAGGCGGAUGUUCGUCGGGGGGAAGAAGGGCGUUGUAGGGACGUCAAUGUCGAAGCUCAUGAGGAACCAAUUAGCAAUCAAGGAGCCAAGGUUGGGGUGGGCACCGAUUCCGAUCUGA